AUGAGAACCCUAAAGACUCAGAGACCGAGACCCACGAUAAGAAGAAGAAGAAGAAGCAACAAGUUCAGAAGAGGAGCAAAUGUGUCACGUGAGAGGAAUCUCGGCACGUGCUGCGGCGGCGGAGGAGGGAAGCUGUCGGAAAAGCUCCGGGCGCUGAAGAGGCUUCUUCCUCGGGCGACGGCGGACGUAGUAGUCGACGACGGAGGAGCGACGGCGGAGCUGUUCAGAGAGACGGCGGAUUACAUAAUCAGGUUGAGAAAGCAAGUCUUGGCGUUGCAGAAGCUGGUCGAGAUCUAUGGAUCUGAUGAUGACCACGCGAAUGUGGUGUUAUAA